AUGGCGCUUUCGGCACCGCUGCGGCGCUUGGCGGUUCUGGACCCAGAGACGGAUCAGGAGGCCUGUGCUGCCACACAGCUGGACAGCGAUGUCUCGAGUCCGGAGGCUCCGUGCAGCCCGCCGGAAGCGGCGCCGGAGGCGGCGCCGGAAACGGCGCCGGAAACGGCGCCAGAAACGCCAGAAACGGCGCCGGACCCGCUUUCUUUGCCGCCGCCGGAUCCGGUGACUCCACCUAGGAAGCGGAGGCGCAGGAAAAGCAGUCCCGGCGACACCUCGCCUUUGACGCGCACGCCCAUCGCCACGCCCACGCCAAAGAAGGCGGUGCGGCGCUCCCCACGGCUCAAGGCGGCAUGUCGGAGCUCCAAACAGCGGCAUCCCGUGCUGGCCCUGAGCGGAGUGGAGCUGCCGGCGGCCCAGUACCGGGCUGCGGCCCAAGUCCUGGCCGCGGCGGGCGGGCAUUUCACCAAGACCUGGACGCCGGAGGCCACACACCUGGUGGCCGGCAAGUUGCGAAGGACCUUCAAGAUGAUGUGCGCCGUCUGCGCAGGGCUGCCGGUGGUGGGGCCGUCCUUUGUGGCCCGCCUGGUGCGUGAGGGCAAAGUGCCCUUCUUUGAGGAGCCGCGGCCGGAGGAUCUGUUGCGGGACGCCGCCGGCGAGGCGGCGCUGGCGCGGCGGUUCGGCGGAGGCUUCAGCCUGGCGGCGUCGCUGGCGCGGGCGCGGGAAGCGCCGCUGCUCCAGGGGAAGAAGGUCUACGUGUCGCCGGAGGCGCGAAAGCUGCCGCGGUCGCAGCUGAAGCACCUGGUGGAAGCAGCUGGGGGCACCUGGCUGCAGCCCGACCCGAAGAUGCUGAAGAUGGGCGCCAUCAUGAGGUGUAGCUAUUGCCAGCUGCUGGUCCGGAACGCGCCGAAGGACGUCUCCGCAAUGCGGCGCUUCUGCGGCAGCUCGGCGGCGCAGAUGGCGGAGGUGUCGAAGGCUCCGCAGGCCGAGGCGGAGAGCUUCUGCCUGCGGGUGGCCUCGGAGUACGGGGAGGAGCUUUCAGCCGCGGCGGAACUGCAGGAGGACUUGGCCAGCUUCUGCGUGGAGGAUGGCAUUUGCCCCCGGCUUGGGAAGGACAAGGAGGUGGACGGCCUGGUGGAAGGCAUCUUGGGCGCCUUUGCCGACCGCUGCCCGGCCCUGCCGCCCCGCGGCCCCGGGCUCCUGGUCUUCGGCCGCGCUGGCCACGUGGAGCGCUCUCUGGACCUCGAAGCGCUGCUGGAGGCCGCCUGCACCCAGCGCCUGCGCCCCGAGGCUUUCCGCCUCGACGCCGGCGAUCUUCCGGUGGCCUAG